ACUACCUCCACAAUACUUCAGCGUGAAUGCGAAACGAGUUGCUCUCACUUUCAGGAUUUUAGGGAAACUGCUCCCUGCAGUUCUCGCAGAACAAGCAGCACAUUCAUAGGCAGCAGUCAGUCAGUCAGCAGUAUAUAUCUCUGGAGACUUUACUUCUCUUUCUCUCUGAAUGUCACAUUUGUUCAAACGCGCCUCAUACAAUGAGGAUUAUAAUCUGGAUCAUCGCGAGCACUUUCCUGUUCAGCGUCAUUUUUACGCAACGACAUCGAAGACCAGUUUUCACAUGUGGCGGGAACUUCACUGGAGACACAGGACUGAUUGGGAGUCAGGGGUAUCCCGGUGUCUACCCGCCCAACAACAAAUGUGUGUGGAGAAUUACUGUUCCUCAAGGGAGGGUUGUCUCCCUCUUGUUCAGAGCUCUGGAUCUUGAGAGUGACAGUCUUUGCAGAUAUGACUUUGUUGAUGUAUACGAUGGCCACAUCAAUGGGCAGCGUCUCGGCCGCUUCUGUGGUACCACCAAACCCGGAGCGCUGGUCACCAAUGGAAACAAGAUGCAAGUGGUCAUGGUGUCAGAUGCCAACAUAGCUGGGAGUGGUUUCCUUGCUGUAUACUCAGCGAUUCGCCCAAAUGAAAGAGCAGGUGACCGGUAUUGUGGGGGUCUUUUAGACGAACCCUCCGGGACGAUAAAGACCCCUAACUGGCCAGAUAAAGACUACCCAGCAGGAGUAACUUGUUCCUGGCAUAUUGUUGCACCUCAAGACCAGAUCAUUGAGCUGAAGUUUGAGAAGUUUGAUGUGGAGAGAGACAGCUACUGCCGCUAUGACCAUGUGGCUGUGUUUAAUGGUGGAGAAACGAAUGAGUCACGGAAGAUUGGCAAGUUUUGUGGAGACAGCCCACCCAUGCCAAUUUCUUCUGAUGGCAAUCAUCUCUUCAUCCUGUUCCUGUCAGACCUGAGUCUAACUGCGGAUGGAUUCAUCGGCCAUUACCGCUUUAAAUCACGGAGUCUCAGCACAGCCAGUGCCCCCCUCACCCCCAUGAGCACUGUCCCACCCACCACAUCGCCCGCAGCCCUUACAUAUUCAGAAGGUCUUUGCAAGCAGAAAUGCAAAAGGACUGGAACAAUUGAAAGCCAUUACUGCUCGAGCAACUUUGUGAUUACCGCCACCCUUAUCUCAGCAGCCAUGAGGGACCACUGCGUCCUCGCCACCUUCUCCAUCCUGCACCUUUAUAAGGAAGGAAGUUUAGCCAUCCAACAGGCUGGGAAGACCAUGAGCACCAAAGUCACGGUCCUCUGUAAAAAAUGCCCUCUGGUCAGAAGAGGGCUUAACUACAUUGUUAUGGGACAGACAGGAGAACAGGGACAGGGUGUUGUGUCUCCUCAUAACUUUGUGAUGGCCUUCAAAACCAAGAAGCAACGGGAUCUGGGAGUGCUGAAGAACAUACGCUGCUAAUGCACACGGGUCACCUCCAUGACUGUUCAUUUCUAUGACUUCACGCUUUUGAUAACAUUCAUACCUGAAGGAUUCUUUCAGUAUUUAAGAGUGGUCUAAUUUGUUUCAUAUUUCUGAAGCACGUUUACUCCAAUACAGAACAUUUAAAAAAUCUAUAGUUUGUAUGUUUAUGUUUUUUUUUUACGUUGAGGAUCAUUUAUUG